AGAUCCCCUUGUUCUACUCUGCUCGCUGUUUCUGCUCCAUUUAUAUCCCGUAUUCUAGCUGGAAUAAUAUACCACACGGAUACAGCCACGCCACAGUCGGCGCCUUGCGAGAAACAGCCGAAGUCUGAGCGCACUUUGAAUUACUCCUCUCCCCUUCAAACUCGCCGUAUUCAACCUUCUUCUCGUCUCCCACCAUGGCUGGCAGACCGUCUCGCACGUCGAGCAUACCCAUCCCGAGGUCAAACACGACGUCGCUGCCGUCACUGGACGAUGUGAUAUCCAUGCCGUUCAGCACGUCUCCCCCUCCUCUGCCCAGACCCCGUGCUCCUUCAGGCUCCGCAGCGCCCAUGGCUCUUCGUUCGCCAUCUGCGCUUGCAGGCAGUCCACCGGCACCCGCGUCUCGCUCUCUGACCUCUAGCUCGAUCUACAUCCAUCGUCCUUCAGCCAACGCCGGCUCCGGAAUCAGCCCCGUCCUCCCCCGCAUCAUCCGGGGCAAUACAACGAAUACCUCAUCUUCUGCCUCUUUUAACCAUCAUUCCCCCUCUUGGGCCGACGUUGCGUGUUCUCCUCCAUCUACUUCUCCUGCUAGGAACCGUCGUCCGAGUGCAGGAGCUAGCCUCAGACCUGCCUCUUCGUCCCGACCUGCCGGCGGGGCUGGAGCAUGGCAUGCGCCACCCGCCACCCAGCCACCACUUAACCUGCCUGUGCCAUUCCCUCGCCCUUCAUACCUCGAAUUCUCUGCUCUACGCGAUCUUAUACAAACAGAACUGCCACCAGUCCUUCCCUCUGGACGGUAUGGAUCCCCGGUGGUGUGGACCCAUUCUAGAGGAAGGUCGAGAGAACACAGUACUGCUACGCCGAGCACGGAGGAUAGUGAAGAUGAUAGCAUGAGCCCUCCGCCUCCACGACACACUGGAGGAGGCGCUGGUGCUGCUGGCACAGUGAGCCUAGAUGCGUUGGACAAUACCGCAUUAGUGGGAAGUACGCCUGUGUUCAGGCUGCCGACCAGGUGGAGUGAGCAGGAUCGCCACACUUAUCUGAGUGUUUCCAAUGAUGGCAGGGACUUGACUUAUGAUGGUGCAUACCGAUAUAUCUUCUGUAAUAUCCCGUCAUGUGCUGAACUCCUGACCUGGUGCUGUAGGUGGGCCGGGGUUUCAAGGUAAGCUGACGCUGGCUGGGUGGCGCCGCGCAGAGGCGCAGGGGUCUAACGAACUGCUUGAUGUUGCCUUGGAUAGCGAGCUCAAAUAUGGACAAUGCAGGCAUGGCCCGAACGAAUCACCCAGUACCUCCCGCCUGCGGAAUAUUCUACUACGAAAUUGAGAUCAUCGGCAAGGCCCAGAAAGCUCACGUUAGUAUAGGAUUCACCGCGAGCGAGACCCGGUUGACGAGGCUUCCAGGCCACGAGAAGAACUCUUGGGGGUAUCAUGGUGAUGAUGGCUGUUCCUACAACGCCGAGAAAGUUGGGACUUCAUACGGAGAGACAUUUGGAGGAGGUGAUAUUAUUGGCGCAGGUAUCGACUUCAGCCAGAACCGAGCGUUUUUCACCAAGAACGGUGCCCUCAUCAAUUACGUCUUCGACCGUGUCGCCGAAGACGUCGAAGUGUAUCCCUCAGUCGGCCUCCGCCACACCACCGAAAUCGUUCGAGUCAACUUCGGACACGAACCCUUCCGGUACGACAUCGACGACCACGUCCAACAGCAACGAGACACGAUCUGGGCCCGCACGCAGCAAAUCGCCAUCGACUGGCGGGUUCUCGAACCAGGACGCACCACAGCCGCACGUGCCGUUCCCGUCCCGAUUCGUGAUCCUCAUCAGGGCGGCGGCGAGAAGGCGACGCCGGAGGAGGCUGAGCUGGAGCUGAAGGGGAGGGAGGAGACGGGAAAGUUGGUAUUGGGGUAUUUGGUGCAUCAUGGGUACGCGAAGAGCGCUAGGGCGUUCGAGGAGCAGUUGAAGAAGAUGACGCAGAGGCAGAGGAGUGGUUCUACGGCCUCGGACUCACCUGCGUUGCCCGUUCCUCCGCCCCCCGCUCAUGCUGCCCCUGCGGCGUCUACCUCUGCAUCUGCAUAUGGAUACGGAGCGGACGCCGAUACGCCUAUGACCGAUGCCUCGGAGUCAACACCUACACCACAACCACACUUGCACGCUGGUGACGCUGCCGACGCGAUGUCGACCGCGCUCGCGCAUCGUCUCGCCAUCGUUCAAGCCGUUCAAAAAGGCGAUAUCGAUACCGCCCUCCGGGAGACGGAGGAACGGUUCCCGGACGUUUUGGAAAGGGAACAGGGCUUGGUGCUCUUAAAGCUGAGAUGCAGGAAGUUCGUCGAGUUGGUGAAUGAAGCGGCCGAGAUGAAACGACGUGUAGAGAGGAGUGGGCAUGCUACCACUGCUGCUUCCUCGUCUGCCGUUCCAGGUCCUGGUGCUGACACCGACGGUGCGGCGGAUGGGAUGUAUCGUGUCGCACCGAUGGAUGGAAUGAACGGUGUCGGGACAGUUCCUGAUGGCGAGGGCGACGCAGACGACUCUAUGGAAGUCGACGACGCAGCUCUGCCCGUCCCGGCACCGAUAUCGUCUAUGUCUGGCUCUAGUUCUACUGGCAACGGAGCGAACCCACUCAUCACCUCCCCUAUCGUCCAGCAGCCCUUUCGGGCCCCCCUCUCCCCUCUUCUCGCCCCUCUACCAACAUCGUCUUCCUCUCAUCCGACCUACUCGCAUUCUCCUCCUAACUCCACCACCACCUAUCCCUCCACCGUUCCACAUCCACGCCAACCCUCGCCUUCGCCCUCGCAAGCCGCCGAAGCAGCGCUCAAAGCGACGAUCGCCUACGGUCAGUCCCUCCGCUCCGACUACAAGAAAGACCCGCGCAAAGAGGUGCAAGCGUACCUCGAACGGACGUUCGGAGUCGUCGCGUAUCAUUUCCCGGCGGAGGAGGGGGGUGUGGUGGGGCUUUGGGCUGGACAGGCGGCUCGAGAGGGAUUGGCGAUGGAGGUUAAUCAGGCGAUCCUCGAGUCCCAAGGAUGGCCGGCGAGACCUGCGUUGGAGAGGGUGUACAGGCAGACGGCGGCGAGUCUUGCGCAGCUCGGGUUCUUGGGCGUCGGAGCGGCUGUAUUUGCGGACGUGCAGAGGGAGUUGUUGGAUUCGCCUGCUGAGCUUUGAGCUUGAGAUGUCUCUUUUCAAAUUGUGCAUUUGCGUCGUUGGGCGGGAUUUUGAGGGAAUGUAUGUAUUUUAUGGUAUGUCGGAUGCUACAGUCGAGUUUGGGUUGAUGGAGACGGGGAUGGAGAAGUCUUGCCUCGGUGUAAAUUGUGUACGAAUAUGGGCUCGGAGCAAGUUCUCAUUGGGUCUGUCUCUCGUAUUAUGCUUAUAUUUUGUCAAUCAUACGGACGAUCUUUGGAUACGGAUAGCAAUGGGAGUGUUAUAUAUGG